AUGCAUGUUAUGAAGUCGUCAUCAGGUUGGGCACGAAUAUCAAGUCUGACCCGAUUUGAUUCGUGGAAGCAAUUUUUCUGCCUUCACGGCCCCUUUGAAAUUCAACCCUUUCUACAACCUUCUCUUUAUAACGGUACUGUUUAUCCUGUUGAGUAUGAUGCGUGGCUUGCUGCUGUUGUUUUCGAGGAUUGUAAAUGGCUGAAGAACAUUGAUCCUGCUGCACCUUUUGUUUUUGAGAUUUGGGUGUGGAAAGAAGCCGCCACGUGGUCUCGGGUGUUCACAGGGGAAAUCCGAAUGGCUGAGAUUUAG